AUGGCAAUGUCCCACAAUGCUUGUGCUGCUAUCUGGGGUGCUGUAUCUCUUGUACCAAAGGAGUGUGUUGAGCUUUGGAACACUUUUACAAAUGGCAAAGGUCUUGAUAAGGCUAGGGAACAAUGGAAAUUCCUCUGGGAAGUCAGCGAUUUUUUAGAGAAUGUUAACCAUCCAGCUGGUAUUAAGGCAGGCCUUGAUAUUAUUGGACAAUCUUCCGGGCCUGUCAGACUCCCAUCUCUCCCAUUGGAGAAGGAGGAAGUCAGUAGAUUCAGCAGAAUUCAUGAAAAGAGAAGACACAAAUAA